AUGCCGGCUUAUAGCCCGGGCAAUUCACGUCCCGGUCCUAACUUCGCAACGGAUCAAAAGGGACGCUCUCCCCCGAGCUCUCCUGCCAGCGCGGCUAGCUGUAUCUCUGUCGAGUCGGCAGUUGAAACCGUGCACUCUAUCGAGAGCUCACCGUCCAUCAAAGAGCUGGCCAGCCAGCUCAACGGUGAUCUGGAAAAACUUAGUAGGACGGUGCAGGAUCUCGAGAAAUGGUUCGAGCAGCUAAAUUCCGAUGGGUACAAGAGACGUUUACCGUGGACAGACGCGAUGCAGAGAGCGUUCAAGCGCUACAAAGGUCUUGUAGAUAAGCAUACGAGGGCUCAUCAAGCGUUCGAAAACUACUUUCUAACCACGAAGGGCUCGAACUCUAAGAAAAAUGCGACUGCAGAGGACCAUGUUGAGCGCGCUCAGCUCGCUCUUGAAUGGGGUAGAGCGGCUCUGAAAGCGGGAGAGGCCAGGGCAGAUUUCAUGGAGAUGUACCGUAAGGCCUACAAGCUAGAUGGAAUCCAGGGCCAUAUCCAAGCAGUAGAAAAUUGCGUCAACAGUGCCCAAGACGCCGUCGAAGAAGCCCAGAAAAAUUAUGACACACUCUUACUCUCUAUCGUGGCGGUGGGCUCGGCUGGCGUAGCCUCGAGACGGAACCCGAAGUUGUCUAUCAAUGAGAGGCUCAUCGUCAGCUGGUAUUCCAUAUGUGGGUUCCUUCACUGCUUCUUCGAAGGAUACUUUGUUCUCAACCAUGCCAACCUGGCAAGCCAGCAAACGCUCUUUGCUCAGCUCUGGAAGGAAUACAGUUUGUCCGACUCGAGAUAUCUCACAUCAGACCCCUUCAUGCUCUCUGUAGAGACCAUAACUGUUCUUGUAUGGGGCCCUCUAUGCUUCUUCUCGGCAUGGUGCAUAAUAAGAGAAAGCACCAUCCGAUACCCCGUUCAGAUGAUGGUCUGCAUGGGUCAUCUCUACGGCGUCAUUCUCUACUAUGCUACCAGUGCCGCCGAACAGUAUUAUCGGGGGAAUUCCCAUAGUAGACCGGAGUUCCAGUACUUUUGGCUCUACUAUGUGGGUUUCAACCUCCCUUGGGUAAUAGUCCCGUCUUUUCUCCUUUUACGGAGUAUUCGCGCCAUGAGAGUUGCCUUUGCUAUGCUGGGCAGAGUACGGGGGCUUCUCACUGAACUCCGCGGUAGUAUUCAUGAUAUCAACCAGCGUAAGAACGAAGAGGAAGCAUCUGCUAGCCAGAGUAGGGAGGAUGAGAAAGCGGCCUAG